AUGUCUACCACUGCGAACGCGCCCAAGCACCCCCCGCCCAAGCACGCGACGAUCGACGAGAGCGUCACUGUCCCUUACCCCGGCGACAAGCUCGAUAUCCCCGGUCAUGAGACAAGGCACGAUCAGGGCAGUAGGACCCAUCGCACACUGAAGAGCUUCUCCAUGGAGGGCAAGGUCUGCGUCGUCACCGGUGCCGCUCGCGGCCUCGGGAACAUGUUUGCUCGCACAUUCGUCGAAUCGGGCUGUUCCAAAGUGGCUAUUAUUGAUCUGAGGCAGGAAGAUGCUGAUAAGGCUGCAGCUCAGCUUGUCUCUGAUUUCGAGAGUCAGGGUCAAGUCGAGAAGGGCGAGAUCGAGUGCAUUGGCCUAGGAUGCGACGUGGCGAACGAAGCUGCGGUCCAGGCUGCCUUCAACACCAUUGUCCAGAAGUUCGGUGCCGUUCACGCGGUGGUAGCCAAUGCAGGGAUCGUCGAGAACUAUCCGGCACUCGAGUACCCCGCCGAGCGCAUGCGCAAAUUGUUCGAUAUCAACGUUCACGGUGUCUUCUUUUGCGCGAGGGAAGCAGCGAAGCAUAUGAUUGAGAAGAACAUUCAGGGCAGCAUCGUCCUCAUCGCCUCCAUGUCUGCUAACAUCGUCAAUUAUCCGCAGCCUCAAAUGCCGUACAACUCUUCCAAGGCUGCCGUGAAGCACAUGGCCGCCUCGCUUGCUGUCGAGUGGGCGCAGAAGGGCGUCCGCGUAAACUCCCUCUCUCCGGGCUACAUGCUUACCGCUCUGACCAAGGCAGUUGUUGCUCCGCACGUGGGCAUGCUCGAGAGCUGGGCGGAGAAGACGCCUAUGGGUCGCGUGGGCGAUCCGGAGGACCUCAAGGGCGCCAUCGUAUACCUCGCUAGUGAUGCGAGCAAAUUCACCACCGGAUCCGAGCUUGUUGUCGAUGGUGGCUACUCCAUUAUCUAG